AGGCUCUGCGACGCGCAGACAGCCGGACGGUCGUGCAGAGCCGGGAGCGGCACCGCGGCGGCGGCAGCGGCCGGCUUGGGCGGGCCUCGGGGGCGGCGCGGCGCGGGUCCUGCCGCAUGAGCGCCCGCCCGUCCGGCGAGCCCUCGUGCCCAGGCGGCGGCGCCAUGGCCGAGCUCGAGUCGCUGUCGGGGGACGCGUACCUGGCGUUGAGCCACGGCUACGUGGCGGCGGCUGCAGGCCUCGCCUACGGGGCGGCACGGGGGCCCGAGGCGGCUCGCGGCUACGGCGCGCCGGGCCCGGGCGGCAACCUCCCCGCGCCCCCCGCGCCCCGCGCCCCAGCACCCGCGGCCGAGAGCAGCGGCGAGCAGAGCGGCGACGAGGACGACGCCUUCGAGCAGCGGCGGCGGCGGCGCGGGACCGGGGGCGCGGCGGACGGACGGCGGCGGCCCCGGGAGCAGCGCUCGCUGCGGCUCAGCAUCAACGCGCGCGAGCGGCGGCGCAUGCAUGACCUGAACGACGCGCUGGACGGGCUGCGCGCCGUCAUCCCCUACGCGCACAGCCCGUCGGUGCGCAAGCUCUCCAAGAUCGCCACGCUGCUGCUCGCCAAGAACUACAUCCUCAUGCAGGCGCAGGCCCUGGACGAGAUGCGGCGCCUGGUGGCCUACCUCAACCAAGGCCAGGGCCUGGCGGCGCCCGUGACCGCCGCACCCUUGACGCCCUUUGGCCAGGCCUCCGUGUGCCCCUUCUCGGCGGGCGCUGCGCUGGGGCCCUGCCCGGACAAGUGCGCCGCCUUCUCCGGAACGCCCUCGGCGCUUUGCAAACACUGUAAUGAGAAGCCUUGACUAUGCCUGCUCCCCGCCUCCUUCCGCACGCGCCCUUCGUUACGCUUCCCUGAUGACUGUCACUCUGCC